AUACAUGCACCUGAUACCUGCAUGUCACACCUGUGCACAAUUGUCUGAUGCUCUUGCAGAGAUCAAACACAAAGACAAGAAUGCAGACUUCAACAGUAACUCUCCUGGUCAUCACUGCAGUCCUCUGGGGAAACAUAGAAGCAUUUUCAGACACAGCUGUGGACUGCUGUCUAUCCACCAAGGACACUCGUAUCCCAAUACAAGUUGUUGCAUCCUACUUUCAUCAAUCCACAGACAGUGGAUGUCCCAUUGAAGCCACUGUAUUCAUCACAAAAAAGGGCAGGAAACUGUGCGCUCCUCCAGAGAAAAACGGCUGGAUUAGCAAAAUCAUCUCACACCUGGACAAGAAGAAAAAAACUCCUCAGUAGGAACACAUG